GUUAACAACGCUGAUAAAGAAGCAUUUUAUUCUCCUCUAGAUCAACAUAUUGAAGAGGAUGGUGAUAUAGAUGAUGUAGUGAAUGAUGUAUUAAUGACUAAUAAAGAUGGACAGCCAGAAAAUUCUGAUGAUGAUAAUCUUGUAAUGGCCGAUUGA